GCUCCAGUGGUCUCCGAACCGGUGAUCCACCACAGGACUCCUACUCUCACCAAGUGCCCCAACUGUGAGGCGGAGGUCGUCUCCAACGUGGAGUAUAGAAAUGGUCUGUGCGUUUGGCUCUCCUGUGCUGGGUGUGCUGCAAUUGGGGGCAUACUGGGCUGCUGCUUAAUUCCCUUCUACGUUAAGAGCUUCAAGGAUGUGGACCACUCCUGUCCCAACUGUUGCUACCGGCUGGGCGUGUGCAAGGCCCUGUAA